GGAUGUAAACAGAGGACGGUCCUCCUCCGGAGACAGCGGGACGAAAACAUGACCAAGCUGGAGCUGCUCAACGUCUUCCUGAACGAGCGGCUGACGGCGGCCGCGGAGGAGAUCUUCCGGGCCGUCAAGGACACGGUGGCGGAGUACCAGAGCGAGAUCCUCCGCUCCAAGGAGGAGAACGAGCGGCUCAAGCGCCUCCUCAACGCCGCGGUGCAGCGGCUGCUGCUGCAGCCAGAGCCCCCCCCGGCGCGGCAGGACGGCGGUGCGCUGUGUGAGUCGGGCUGGAGGAGCGUGGAGCUGCUCCCUCACGUCAAGGAGGAGCCGAAAGGCAGAGACGUUGUCCCGGACUGUCCCGCUCUGCCCAGAGACUCGGAGGGGGGGGCCUGCAGCCAGGCGGCCCCGGCCCCUGCCGUGUCCUCGCCCCCCCUCACGGCGCCGGAGAUCAAGACGGAGAGCGGCAGGCAGCAGGGGUCCGGCGCCGCCCCGGCCCCGGGCCCCCCCCCUCACUGCAGAGCGGCGCCCUCCGGCCCCGGGGCCGCGCCGGCCCGCGGCCAGAGGGGCUCGCUCAGGGCGCCGCUGCGCCCCAACGCCAAGCAGAACGCCAAGCAGGGCGCGCACAUACUGCAGAUCAAGAACGUGCGGUCCCUGAAGCCCCCCCCGGCGCGCCCCCCGCUGCCCGGCGGCGGCGGCGGCGGCGUGCAGCGCUGGCACAGCUGCAGGGAGUGCGGCAAGGGCUUCAGCUUCGCCUGCCAGCUGGAGGUGCACAUGCGCUGGCACACCAAGGAGAAGCCGUACAGCUGCGCCGUGUGCCGCAAGAGCUUCACCACCGUCAGCAUGCUGAAGAGGCACCACCGCAUCCACACCGGCGAGAAGCCCUUCCGCUGCCACGUCUGCGGCAAGUGCUUCAACCAGUCGGCGCACCUCAACACACACUUCCGGCUGCACACCCGGGAGAGGGCCGGCUGGGGCCGGGCGCCGCACUGCAAGUGACCGCCGGGCGGCGGCGUACCGUGUCAACGUGUCUCAUUGUCGUGCAGUAAAGAGUAGAACGGAAAGACGAGUCCGUGGCUCGCUGCGGCGGAGAACCCAGACCAGACGCUCCCUGUCCUCCAGCCGACGGCGUGCCGGGCUCCUCAGGUUCCUCCGCCAUCUUCAUCUCAUAUCAAGGGAAUAUGAGUUUAAGGCUUCAUAUUUUUUUAUUUUAGGGCUUUCCUGAUGGUGGGAAACAGAUCAGUGAUUAUCAAGAUAUCAACAGACAGAUUGUAGAUUGUGUGGAACCUUCUGCAGAUGAAAAGGUUUAAAAAAAAAAACCCUGAAAAACCACAAACCUGCUCCUAGAUGUAUAAAACAGACCUGUUUCUGACCAGCACACUCCAGAGGUUCACAGCGAAGCUCCUCAGGAGGACGCAGCCGUUUCUACUGCUGACUCAGUGAAAGGAUGCUGGGCCUCACCGGAGCCUCUGAAGGGCCCAUUCUGGGCCUGCGGACUCUGUGUUUGGCACCGUUCCGGGCCCUGACGCCCUUCUGAGGAUUCCCCUCAUGAAUCACGUCAUCCACAUUUCAUUUGACUGAAAAUGAAGUGCAGUGAGGUUGUUGGAGGAAUGUAUUUCUCUGUGGGCGACUCUGACUUUCAGAUGUUCAACAUUGGAUCAUGAAUGAAUAAAAAAGA